CAAACAAACAAACAAACAAACAAACAAACAAACAAACAAACAAACAACAACAAACAAACAUGGACUCUGAGUAUUUAAAGAGACACCUGGGGAAAUGUCUGGCCGACGGGCUGGCGGAGGUGGCCGAGCAGAGGCCGGUCAACCCCGUCCUGUACCUGGCUCACUGGCUCUACAAGCACAACGAAAACCUGCAGCGGGAGGCGGAGAAGAAGGCCCACUUGGCACUCCAGGAGCAGGAGCAGGCGAAGGCCAGAGAAGAAGCGUUGCACCAAGAGAAGCUGAGGGAGGAAGAGCAAAAGAUCCUUGAAGCCUUGGAAGAGUCUAAAAAAAUCCCUGAGAAGGAGCCCACUGGGUCUGAGGCACCAACACAAGCCACAACAGAAGCUACCGAGGACAACAAGCCUGUGAUAGAAGAGAAACCAAACACCCCUGUUCCAGAAAACCAGCAGGGCACAGACGAACGCCCAGCCGAAGCUCAGGGAAAUGACACCGAACCGGAGGUGAAGGUUACAGAUGCUGUAACCACUCCAGAGUCUCCUGAGGGUAAACCUCUGGAGCCCGGUAGCUCUUCGCUCUCUGAGGCCCCCAUCACUGAGGUCAAAGAGGAGUCUACAGAAACGCCUGUUGAGAAAACCGAAGUGGAGCCGAGGAGCGAUGAAGCAGAGGAGAAAACAGAGGUGGAGCCAAGUGACGACGUAGAAGAGAAAACGGCAAACACCGAUCAGAUAGACGUGAAAGACCCCGACCAAGACGAGGAUAAGGUGGUCGAACAAGCUGACACGACUGAAUCUGAGCAGACUGAAGCGUUACACUCAACUGCCGACCAAGACGCUCAUGACUUAAAGACGGACAAACAAGGAGAGCCAGACGACGAACAAAGUCCUCGUUCCGCUGACCAGAAACUCACAGAUGAUGCUGCUGAAAUACAGCAGGUUGAUGAAGAUCAAACUGGUAAGUUGGACUCGGCGCCACAGAGCGAAGAUCUCAAACCAGAGGAGACAGUUUCUACAGAAGCUGGACAGGAGACACAGAAAUCAGGUUCUCCACCUCUGCAGGACGAGGAAAAGGAGCCAGACGGGCAACCCACAAACGAGACCGCUGAUAGCUCGGCUCCAGCUCAAAGUGACGCAACAGAGACGAGCGAGAGACCUGAACCUGAAAACUGACGUGGAAGACGUCCAGGAGAAGAAGGAAGACAAAGACGCAGAGCAUCCAUGAAGUCAGUUUCUGAAGAUCCAACAUGAAGCUUAGAUUGUUUUACACAUGUGCAAAUGUAAAAUGUGCAAGUUAACAAUAAAAAUAAACUUUUGUCACCGUUAA